ACAGACGUCGAGGGGAGCAGCACCACAUCGUCAGCAGAAGCAGCAACAUCGCCGCUACCAUCCUCAGCCCCGCAGCUUGAUCUCGUCCUCCUCGCUUGCUGGCAGUGCCGACGAUCAGCAGCAGCAGCCAGGCUCACCACCAUGUCGGCAUCCUCGGCCCUUGGGCGCACACUGCCUGCACUCAAGCUCACUGCCCACGACCCACGCCUGGUGCAAGUCUUCACAACCCCACACUCCCACCUCUCCCGUGGAGACUUUGGCUUCAAGUCACCCCUCGAUUCCGCCAUCAAUGCCGCCAGACAUCACAGGGAUGGAGCAGUGCGCUACAUCCAGGUCAAAGAGCAGGACUCGGUGGCAGGCCAUGGACUCAAUUGGAAGGAGCGCGAGGGAGAGGUACUCCUCCUCAAGCGAUGGAGUGAGACGCACGCAAGCGUAAGAAGAGAAGAACCAAACACCUCCUACCUACGCAGUACUGCUUCAGACAAGGGGAGGAAAUCUCAGCCCCUGCCUCACAGCCGCUUCGACCGCACGUCCCGGAGAAACUUACCUACCCGGAACGCAGCCACCAAUGUGGCAGAGGAAGGACCGGACUCGCUGCGUCCCAUCCCCAACUACCUCGUCUACUCUGAAGAGCGAUUCGAACAACUCCUUGAGCUCAUCAGGAACAACCGGGAGGCAUACAAAGAGGCAAGACUGUUGGAGAGAGCACUCGACCAGCGCAGCGCCAAGUUCAUUGCCGCCCAGCGAAGGUACGAGACGCUCCUUGCCGAAUCGGAGCACGCAUCGGCUGCGGGUGGUCAGACCCCCCUCCCUGUGCCGCCAAAGGAGGAAGACUACUCGGUGGAAGCAGAGCUGGAGGCGUUACGCACUGCCAAGCCCACCGGCGAGGUAGACGAGGUAGAGCUAGACGCAUCUGACAUGCACAACCUGGCGAGAUCUACCCACAAUUACUUCCUGGCAAAGUACGUCGAGGGCCUCUUUAGCAACCUCAAGCUUGACGACCCAGACUCCAAGGUCAUGCCUCGAUACGUCACCGCCUCUGCUUCCGCCUCCAAGGCGGCCGAGGCAUACGGCCCACGUCGACUGCAUCAAUUGGGAGGUCUGCAGUACUCUCAACCAGAUGAGAUCAUCUCUCAUGCCCUCAGUCCCGCGCUUCCCGGCCGCAUUCUGGCAGUCGAAGAGGCUCCCUACCGCCGCCAGUCAUCAGGGACCUCCAUUACCAAGAACAAGUACUCCCUCUCUGUGGGAUCGCGAGUCGCCCUCAUCCGCAGCUCUCGUGCUGGCAAUCUUCAACUAACAGGCUUCGACCGUACCCGAGCAAGACCAGAGCAAGGCGCAGGUCUCUUCCGCUUCGAUUCCGCCGCAAAGCUCAAGCUUACCAACCCCACCCUCGACGUCUUGGCUAAACAGCGUCGCUUUGGUGCUGGAGCCGAAGGUGCCUGGACUCCCGAUAUGCAGCAGCUGGGAUUGGGAUACAUCACUGCCGAUAUGCGCGGGGCGGCCCAGCGCAACUCUUCUGCCCUGAACGAGCGCACGAAUCAGGUUGGAGAACAGACGGCGCGAGCCGAGACCAUCCCUGGCUCCCGUGGUUGGGUGGGACGCAGUGAGGACAGCCUGGACUGGAGUGCUAGCAGGAUGAGGGUUUCCAAUCCCAUCAGCAGUAGAUACAGGGAAAGGUUCGGCUGGAAUGAAGACCACUUUGGCGGUGCUGGCGGUGUAGCCCAAGCUGGUAGAGCUGGACCAGGAGGAUCCUUCAGUCGUGUUUCGGGACCGGGAGGAGCAGCACGCGCUGAUGGUAAAGUGAGACUCAAUAGGGAUGGGUACAGGAGAGCGGGAUUGGGACUUGGACUUGGAGCUGGUAAUGCGAGGGGUGGGCAGGGGGAUGGAGCCGCUGGUGAGAGGGGGAGUGGACAGGUCGAAGAGCAGCAGCAGCAGCAGAGGGGUAGAGAGAACAUCAGUGAUCUCAUCUAUGGACGGAAGGAGGAGAAGUGAUGCGGAGGCAUGCACGCUCCGCUUUGUACGCUAGGUGAGUUCUCCAGCCCAUUUUACAAUUCAUCACAGUCCAACGUAGAAAGA